CAAUUCAACAUUGUACACCAGUAAGUAAUUCUAACCUCGAAGACAUACCGACAAUUACCAUGGAAGAAUUUCUCCGGGCCUCAAAAAAAGCACUGGAGGGCUUAGAAAAUUUUCGGAAGAUAAAAGUGGUUAUGGGUAAUGAGUCGUGUGAUCUCGACUCGGCGGUCUGCGCUCUGGUCCACGGGUUCUGGCACUUUGAUAAAUUAAAGACGGAACAUGUGGAUGAUGUUGCAGUAAUACCAUUAUUAAACGUAACGAAGCGUAUGUUCAAAAUAAAAACCGAAGUGGUGUAUGUAAUGAAGGAAAAUAAUAUUCCCUUGGAAUUGUUAACAUUUAGGGACGAAAUCGAUCUGAGGGAGCUGAGUGAACGACAGAUGUUGGAAUUGAGUCUUGUGGAUCACCACACGUUGACCGAUUACGAUGUGUCAUUGGCAGGCUCGGUUGUCGAGGUGAUCGAUCACAGACCUCAAGAUACGAAUUGGCCGUGGACAGGUCGCGAUAUUAAUCUAGAAAAGGUCGGCAGCUGUGCCACCCUCGUUGCCAGAAAUAUAUUGGAUAAAAAUCCAAGACUAGUGGACCAACAGAUCUCGAGCUUGUUGAAAGGCAAUUAUCUGUCCAGGCCAAUUUUGAUAGACACGAGUAAUUUUUCCGAGUCAGUGGCACGUGCAACUCAACUGGACAUUCAAGUGAUGCAAGAGCUGGAAAAAAUCAGCACUAAUACUGAGCCAGGCGGUGGUAGUAGUGGUAGUACCGGCUGCGGUGAUAGUAGUGGUAAAUCCACCCCUUUAGAAACACAAACGAAUCGUAAUAAAAUUUAUUCAGCUAUUUUAAAUGCCAAGACUGACAUCAGUUGUUUGUCGCCCGAGGAUCUUAUUCUAAAAGACUUAAAGUUCGUCAACGGAAUUCCCAUUCCUGGGUUACCAAUUCUCGUAGAAGAAUUCUUGAAUUUAAAUGCCGCUUUGGAAGCCCUGAAUUCGUUUACAAGGGAACGUGAAUCCCAGCAUCAACACCGUCUCACGGUAAUCUUAGGGAUGAAUUUAAAGGGCCAAGUGGUGAAGCGAGACCUCGGAGUAUUCUCUUUCUUACCCAAUGAUCUGGAAAAUAAAAUAGUAAAAGCACUUGAGAGCGUCGACUCGGGGCUGGAUCUGUCACCGUCUCUCAGCACAUCGAAAGAAAACUGGAGUUUAAAGCUGUACAAACAGGGAAACGUGCGGGCGACACGGAAGCAAAUACUACCGAUUAUACAAAGCGCAUCGGCUGGCUGUUAA